AUGCCGGCGUGGAGGAUUCGAGUGCCGCAAAGAGGGGGAGAACGGAGGGGGAAUUUAAAAAGCGAAGAGGGAGAGGAGGGGGGAAAGGCAGAGCGAGCGCCGGAGGAGCAGAGGAGGUUGGCUGGAGGGUGUUACUCAGAUGGCAAAGCCGCUGCUCUGGCCGGCUCGGUCCCAUCCCCGCGCAUCCUAUAUGAGCGCUGGCGCCAGCUGGCCGCGGCGCCGCAGACGGGCCGGGGCGCGCAGGGCCGGCGGCCGGGCCAGCCAAUCCCGCCGCCCCACACCGCCCCCAACCGCACCCCCGGCCCCAAACGGAGCCGGCCCGGGGGGGGGGGGAGCGCGGCAGACCCCCUCCUCCGCCCCCCUUCCCCCGCUCGCAGCAUCCUCGCCCUGCAGCGCCGCAAAACUUUGCUGGGGAGGGACCGACCUGGCACGGUGAACGGGACUCGACUCACGCCCGGCAACGGCAGUGCCCACGGCCGCCUGCCCCUGCGAGCCACGGGGCUGGCUGAGCCAGCGCUGCACCGGGCUCAGCCCGGCCGGCUGGGAGGAGGCAGCCCGAGGGGUCCGGCCCUACCGGGGACAUUUUUUCGUUCUUUACAACCCUGCCAGAUUUGUCCCUGGGGAAAACUGCCCCGAGCGAAGCGCUCCCUCAGCGGGAUCCGCACCUCGGUGCCGGCAGGGCCGCCCCCGGGCCGCGCAGAGCCGCGCUGCCGCGGCCCCUUACCUUGCCUCUCGCCUGUCCUCGUUUUCCUUUCAGUUCUCCGCACGGUGCAUGGGAAGCGUCAGUUCUGCUCCUCGCGGGGCCGCUCCGCGGGCUGGGGAGGGGUCCGGCCGCCGGAGCCUCCCCUCCUGCCCGCGCCGGGAGCGGCGGCUCUGCCGCGGGCGGAGGGUGCGCGCAGUCCGGCGGAGGGGCUGCCGCCGUGCGCGCUGCUGAAAACUGGCAGCAGUUUCGAGCUGAGCCCUUUUUUUUUUCCUCCCUUCCCUCCUUCCCCCCUUCCCUUCCUCCCUCCUCCCUCCCUCUCCUUUCCUCUCUCCCUUCUUUCCCUCCCCUUCUCUCUCUCACUCUCCUGCAUUCACGGAUGGCACAGCGAGCCACUGUGUAUUUAUGUACAUAAUAAGGCAGCUCGUCCCCUCCACUUCAUUUGCAUCAUUACAAUAUCUGUACAAGCACAUCACAUUGUCUGUUGCUUGCACCUUUUGUUACGGUUGCUGUCACAGUCUACGCGACUUGACUUUCAUAUUUUAAAUGAAUUGAUAUUAUACCAACAACACGCACUCACAUCCCAGGCGCUGGGAAACCGGGCUCCGGCGCGGCGGGCGCCGCAGCCCCAGCCUCUCCCGAGCCGCUCGCUUCUUCCUCGGAUCCCAAGGAAGGUGGGCUGGGGGGAGCCGCUUCGUAGGACCAAUUAUUCCUAUAAAUUACUCCUAUUCGUAUUAAUUUUGUUUCCACUCUCUAGUGAAGGGAAUGCUUUGGGGGUCUUGGAUUUUUUUUUUCCAUUGACCAGCCUGGCUUUUGUAUAACCUCGUGUUUCUUCUCACACCUCUCCCUUCCAAAUUGAGCCUUUCGGGCAAUGCACCUGCACGUCAGUGAGGCAGCGGAGAAGCUGGAAGAGGCACAAGCAGAUUAUUACGCGGCGAGUCGUUGUUAUAGCUAGGAAAGAGACGGAAGAGGGAGAGGCUGUCGGCAGCCGCGUCCUGGGAUCGCCCUGCACGGAACGACUCCAAAACGAGGAACUGUCGCUCAGGCGG